GAGAUGGACAUCAUCAACCAAAUGAACUCCAGAGUCAGCUUCCUCACCAACCCUCGAUUCAAGAAUCAGAUUCGCCGCAAAUCAUUUGAGCCCGCUACCUUGCUUCAGCGUCAGUCCACGGUCCGUCCCUCACAAUCACAUGGAAUCGGAAUAGUUGCUAUUCCGUCCUCUGUGAUUUUCACCAACUACGUGCCGUUCGAAAAGUACACCAACAUCCUGACCCUCAAAAACACCACAUCCCAUUCCCAGAGACUUCGCAUCAGCACGCCUCCGCCCUACGAAUACUCGCCUUACUUUUCUAUUGUGCUCAUCGACCUGCCCAAGGAGUACGAUGGUUUGCUGGCCCCUGGGAUGUGCUGCAAGUAUCGCAUCACCUUUUCGCCCGAUUCCCUCGCCAACUACGAACAGGUUCUCAUGGUCUAUACAGAGCAAGGGCAGGAGUUUCCUGUGCAUGUUGUCGCGCAGAGAGACCCGCCAGUCCUGACCAUCCCAGAUAUCUUGGACUGCGGGCCCUGUCGCGCCGGAUAUGCGGCGCUCAAGGAGUGGCACUUUGCCAAUAUCGGCGGAGCGGGCCGCUUCUUUAUAAUGCGCGAAGACGAAGAGCUUGAUCCAUACGAAAUAUUCCGCAGAAAGGAGCUCUUCAAGACAGACCAAAGCGUUUCCUACGGAUCGUUCGAGAUAUUUCCGUCCUACUUUGCGACGGGCUCGGGAGAGUCGGGGAAGGUUCUGGUGCGCUACCUUCCGCAGGAGAUCGAUGACCCUACGGCGCUCGAGAGACUGGACAGCGUCACGCUCAAGAUAGCCUGUGAUAAUUGUCAAAUUCUCCGCCUACCAGUCACUGGCUUGGCCCAGCGGCCACUGCUCGAAGUGGUUUCUGUCAAAACAGAAGGCGGUCAAGCCGUUGCCCUCUGCGAGGGCGACCUGGUCCUCGACUUUCAGGAGCAGAAUCCCCAUGCCGUUACAUCCUGGAAAAUGACGGUCCGCAACAAGAGUAACCUGCGCCUUCCAUUUUACUGGACGGUCUUUGACUACCCGAGCGCAACCCACAAGCUGACCCCGAAGAACUGCUCAAUCAACGAUGCGUUUUCCAUUCACCCCAACACUGGAUACAUUCUGCCAUCCACCGAAAUGCAGUUCACCAUCAACUUUUCUCCGCGGUACACAAUCCAGUAUGACACAAUUGCCGAGCUGAUACUGAUCGAGGAGAUGGAGCGUAUCGACCCAAGCCUUCCCAAGGGUGCGCGCGCACAGACCUACGGCGAUCUCGAGUCUGCCCUCAAGAUCAAUUGCAAGGGCAUCGGUAUACAGUACCAAAUGGAUGUUUACCCACCGAUCAUCGAAGUUCCUGCACUUUUGCCCACCAGCAAGACGUGGAAGGCACAAAUCUACAUGCUCAACUUUAGUGUCUCUCCGCUGUCGUAUUCGUGGGAGGUCGAAGGGAUCAAUCCGCACAUUCUCAAGGUAGAGAUGAAGUCGACCGAGGGAAAAAUCCCGCCAUUUUCUAUCCGAGUCAACGAGAUCCAGCUGACCGGGGUAUUCCCGGGGAUGGUUAAUGGAUUCCUUGUAUGCAAGUCCGACUGCCCCGCGCCAACGCACAUUCCUCUCAGCGCCAAGAUCAGCCUUUUGAGUGACGCCAUUUCAUUUGGAACCGACAUGCUAGAUUUUGGUCUGAUGGCAUUAGGAACGAAAAAAACCCUCCAAGUUGCCCUCAACAACAGCACCAGCACUGCACUCUCAUGGUCCGUUCAAGUCCACGAUCGACUACUCGAGAAAGGACGGCCGUACUUUAUCGAAUGCUCACCCGACUGUGGGACUCUCGAUCCGUUUCAGAUGGUCAUGAUUGAAGUCACAUUCAUUCCGCUUUGGUAUCAAAAGUUUUGCGCGGUGCUCGUCUGUCUAAUUCAUGAUCAAAACCUGACCCACUCAGCAGCCGUGACCAAGGUGCACUCGAUUGUGACCACUCCCAUUGUUACCAUCCCGAACGCGACCAACUCUCUGUCUUGCUUCGUUGGAAUCCCGUUUACGUACACGAUUUCACUGAGGAACCAAACGCUUCUCAAGACCCAGUUCAAAUGGAAGUCGGUCAACUGCACCGUCUUCACCGCAAAGUUUACACCAGAGUCCGGAGAAAUCGACAGCGAGGCGACGACACAGAUUCAAGUGGAAGUCACAUGCAAACAGAUGGGCAGCUUCCAGGGGCUGCUUUUGCCCUGCAACAUCCACGGAAUGGUCUUCAAUGGCGGGUGGAUUGGGGCGACGCUCGAUGCUUAUGUAUGCGGACUUGGUGUUUCACUUGGUCUGCAGGGCGACACCAAGGCACCGCUCAUUUCAAACGUCGCUAAGCGCUCGGUUGUUCAAAAGGGACGAGCCUCUCUCGAGUCAAAGCUGGAGCUCAAAUUUGGGUUUGAGUGCCCUAUAUUUGAAAACCGGACCCAGACGCUGGUGAUUCGCAAUCGCUCCGGGAUCCCUUCACCAUUCCGGAUCUGGGUGGAGACUUUUGCAGCUACUGCCCUUGGUGACGAAGACGAAGAUGUCGACGACGAUGAAGAAGAGGACGAGGAGGAGAAGCAGGGCGAUGAAGUUGACAAGACUGGAUCCAAGACCGACAGCAACGUCUUGCUGUUGAAAGCCACAAAGGCAGUCAAGAUCGGAUUCAACUCGAAAGCCGGAAAUGCGUACAUUGCCAACAUAAAAGAAGUUCGCAAGAUGAUAAAGAAAAUGCACCGCCUGUUGCGCGAAGGCCGCGGGGCUGCCUUUCAUCCAUCUCCGAGUCAAGGAAUACUGGGACCCUUCGCCGAAGUGAAGAUACAGGUCACUAGCUAUAACAAUCUUGUCGGGGUUUAUCGAGACAUUAUGGUGGUCGAGGUUGGCGGAUGGAUACGUGAGACAAUCCCGGUCAGCCUUGGCGUGGUUGGGCUGCCGAUUCGAUUUCUGGGAGCCCAGCUGGUGGCGAGAUCCAAGAAAACCGAUUCCGACAUCGACAGAGUCAACUUUGGAACCAGAGCAAUACAGAUGCCGAGGGAAACUACCCCAGAUCGACAUGUCACACGCGAGCCCGAGCCGAUCUACAAAACCAUCCAGAUAGAGAAUCAGUCGCCUCGAGACAUCCUUUUGAAGUGGAGAAUCUACAUGAAGCACACCGGCGAAGGAUCUGAGGGGAGCACCGAGUCUGGCUUUGAGAUCGACGACGUCAUGUGCAAUCCGGACUAUCUGCAGAAGAACGAGGAGCCCUUUGGAAUACGUCCGGCAUAUUUGAAAAUACCGGCAUUCAAAUCCACAUCCAUGAAGAUUUCCUUCUGGAGCUCGCACGUGGGAACAUUUGAUGGGUUCAUCGUCGCGGAUAUUGGGUAUAUCCAACCGGACGGUGCGAUAACGUAUUCGCAUAGCUCUACCCUGAACUCGUCGAAGAAGAUGAAGAGUCCAAGUAAAUCCAAUCAUUUGGCCAAGCUGCAUGUCCAUGGAAAAGCAAUCGAACCCAAACUUGAACUCGACAUUGGCGGUCAAGUACGAAUCAAGCGGCAGAUGACGGGCUCAGGGCAGAGGACCGUCAAUGCGUUCCUGAAGAAUACAACUGAUGCCAUUUGCACAUUCACCAUGGAGGCGUUUCCCGAGAAUGCCUUCAAUGUAUCUUGCGCGGAUGUCAAUGUUCGACCCAAGACCGGUCCACAAGGAACACCUCCUGCUGAAAGCCAUCAUCGUCACAUAGCAAGACCGCCUCGAAGCCGACUGAGCACGCGAACCCCUGGUGAUCCGAGCCCGGUGUUUGAGCUCAAGCCAACCGAAAUGAUGCUCGUUGCGAUCCGCCACCUGCAGUCGUUUCAAACAGAGGAAGAUCCAACUGCGGAGCCAAUCGUCCACCAUGGCAAGAUUUGUCUUACAUUCUCAAACGGGAUGACACAAGACAUUCCAAUCGUGGUUGAGGAUCCAUACAAUAAGGUUGGAAGCAAGCCAAAUAUAGGACCGGAAAUCAACGCCACAAAGCCGCAACAACGAAAACUGACCCAGAGAAUGCAGAGCAACAAGGACGGAAUGGCAUUUUUACCACCACUGAUAGUCCGGGCCGACCACCCGUAGCAAGUAGCAAAUCGGAAUGCCUCACCGAUCCAAAGAACCGACACACCAACGGUCCCGCUAGAACUUGCGAAUAGACCACUGUGGCGGCGAAAGAAACAACAGGAACGAGGGGCGGAAUCAAAAAUAAAGAACAAUCACUCAC